GAGUACACCUUCUCACCCCCCACCACCCCAGCUCACUCCCCUCGACACCUACUCAGUCAUGGGCUCCGGACGUGGAGCAGGGGCAGGCGGAGCAGCAGGCGGCGGGACGGGCAACGGCGCUGGGCUGUACUUUGACCUUCCGUCGAGCGAGAAGACCACGCGGCAGAGGUUCUUUGGUCGGCGGAUGGUGUUCUUCUUCCUCACUGUCGUCAAUCUGCUGACAUACUACGACCGCGGCGUCAUUGCUGCCCUCCUCCUUGACAUCGAGAACCACUUUGACCUCGACUCGACACGAGGCGGCCUCCUCGGCUCGGUCUUUAUGGUCGGCUUUAUGCUCGCCUCGCUCAUCUUUGCCAAGUAUGUGCACACUGUCCGUCCGACCUAUCUCCUCUGCAUCGGCCUGCUCAUCUGGUGUGGCGCAACAGCGUACUCGGGCCUUGCGCCAAGCUACGUCCAACUGGUCAUUGCCCGCUCGCUCACGGGCGUGGGCGAGGCCUCGUUCUGCGGCAUCUCGCCUACCAUGAUCGACGACAUUGCCCCGCCCAAGCAGCGGACGGUCUGGCUCUCCAUCUUCUUUGCAGCCAUCCCCAUCGGCGCUGGCCUCGGCUACAUUGGCUCGGGCGUGAUCACCCGCCAGGCCGGCCUCUCCUGGCGCUGGGUCUUCCUCACCGAGUCCAUGGCCAUGCUCCCGUUUGCGCUCGGCAUCCUGCUCCUUCCGUACACCUCGACGUCCAAAGACAAGUCAAUUAGGGUCGCCGCGCCCGAUGUCGACCCCACCAUUGUCUCGCCGUUUGAAGGCUCGCUCAACCCAUCCGACGACAGCGCCAGCGCCGGUGCCGCCGCCGAGCGUGCGCCACUACUCGCUGGCGCCGCUCAGACCCGCACCGGCUCGCUCGGCAACCGUAGCGCCGCCGCCGCACACUCUGCUGAGUCUGCGGCCGACGCCGAGUCGACCUUUGCGCAGGACUUUUGGACGGUCUUAACCAACCCGGUCUACGGCUGCAUCUGUCUCGCCUACGCUGCGUACACCUUUGUCUUUGGCGGCCUCGCAUACUGGGCGCCGACCUUUGUGCAGAAGCGGUUCGACAUGUCGCUCGACGAUGCCACCUUUGGCCUUGGCACCAUCACCGUCGGCUGCGGCCUCGUCGGCACUGCCGCGGGUGGCAUCAUCGUAGACGCCGUCGCCAAGCGCCGCGGUGGUGUCAAGGGCAUGGCCGGCGCCGCGCUGCAGAUCAAGUUCACCCUCAUUUACGCCCUCCUCGCCGUUCCGCCGCUCUUCUUUGCCUUUUGGGUCAACACCGCCAAGAUGUUUUUUGGCCUCCUCGUCAUUGCUGAGCUCCUGCUCUUUGCCAUCACCGGGCCCAUCAACGGUGCCCUUCUCUCGGCCGUCUCCGAGUACUACCGCACACUCGCCAUGUCAAUGUCCAUCAUGUGCAUCCACCUCCUCGGCGACAUGCCGUCACCGGUCAUCAUUGGCGCCGUCAUCUCUGCCACCGGCUCCUACCGUACCUCGAUGCUCCUCCUCGUUGCCUGGUACGUGUGGUGCCUUCUCUUCCUUGCCAUCGCCCUCACCCUUGCCCACGCCGCCCUCCGCAAGCUCCUCCGCAAAGCCCUUCUUUCACGCCCCACCGGCGCUUGAGGCGAUCGCGGGCCGGUAAAUACCGCCACCCGAGU